UUGCAUGUCGCCGGUUGGCCGCAAAGCUAGCGAUUUAGCGGGUUGGUAGAACAUCACAAAGUUGUAUUGUUUUUGUGUGUUUGUUUUGUAUUUUGUGUAUCGUUGUUUAGUUGCGGUUCAAGUGACCUGUUUUAAGUUUGAAACCUCGUCUAAAGAACUCCCAUUACAUAUGACCCCCCCCAAUAAACGUGGGAGUGCAGUACUGGUUUCUCUGUUAUGAGGUCAAUCCAAGUUGACGACCACUCCAGCUGAUUAUGUUGGAACAAUCAUUUUCAAGUGUGUUUCGUGUGCCAUGAUCACCCCACAGCUCGCUCGUCUUGCAAGACCUGUUUUUCCCCCUUUCUUUCUAUUAAGUCAUCGUUCAGGUAUUCUACUGUUGUCAUCCUAAAGAGAGAUGUGGCUUGUGCUGCUGCUCGGCGCCCUGCUGGCUCUCUUCUGCAGCCUGGACGUGUGGUACUUUGCGCGGGCCGCCGCCGCGGUGAUCCGCGCCUGGCUGCAGCCUCCCGUGCGCGACGUGACGGCCGAGCAGGUCACCACCGGCCGGGUGGCCCCACGCGACAUCGACAUGUGUCACAUGAACAACGCUCGCUACCUGCGCGAGUGCGACUUCGCCCGCUUCUCGCUGUACGUGCGCAACGGCGUGUUCAAGGCGCUGCGGGCCCUCAAAGCCUCUGUGGUGGUGGGGGCGAGCACCAUCCGCUACCGCAGGCCGCUUUGCAUCGGCGAGGCGUACGAGCUGCGGAGUCGGGUGGUGACGUGGGACGACAAAGCCUUCUUCCUGGAGCAGAGGUUCGUGUCGAGCAAGGACGGGCUGGUGUGCGCCGUCAUGUACUGCAAGCAGACCGUCAUACGCAGCAGCCCGGACAGCAUCGUGCAGUAUCUCUGCAAGCGGAAGGUGGAAUGUCCCGAAUUUCCAGAGGACCUUCAGCACUGGAUCAACUUCAUCUCAGCCAGCAGUCAGAGCCUCAGAGCAGAGAGCGGCCUUCAGGAGAAAGACAAAUAAGCACGGACGUUAUCAUUUAUUACAGUGAACCUCUACUAUUCAGCGAAAAUCUGUAAAUAAAUGACGCCCCCCCCCCCCCGAAAAGGAGUUUGUAAGUAUGUAUAGAUGCCACAAGAUGGUGGCAAACCACUUAAAAUGGAAAGGGUCAUAAAACAUCAAUAUGCGUCCAGCAUGGAAACAGUCAUUAUCUCACGUUACAUUAAGACCGUGUUCAGUAGUUAAAUUAUUCAACACCAACCAACCAACAUCACAUGAGUAUUAGUAAUAGUAAUAGUAUUAUACUAGCUUAAAUAACAUGCUUGCACGAACUGAAGCGACAAACAAAUGUGCCCGCUAGAAAGUUACACAAACACUACCAAGUUGUGAAGUCACCUUUUUGGCAAACGUUAGGGAAUACAUACUUUCACUUUUGACGGGGCACGAGUUGUAGUCAAGAUCCGCCAACAAAAACAGGACAUCGAACGCAGACAAAAAACACGAGCAAUUAAUUAAACCGAACACCACCACCUGAUACUGUCAAAGUAAUAUUUCUAUUGCUUUUGCCUGAGCGCAAAAACAGCAAAGAGACAAAAGUUUCAGCAAAUGACAGAAAAGGUUCCAAAAUAAUAUGAAUUUCGGAAUGCCGAACUGUGAAUAUGCGGGGGUUCACUGAUCAUUAUUUUUUUUUAGGGAAACAACUUAUGAACAAGUGAAUUAAAGUUGUGCCUUUUUUUCUGGCA